UGCUUCCUCUCUUCAUCAAGAUGCUUCCUCUCUUCUUCAAAGUACUUCCUCUCUUCAACAAAGUACUUCCUCUCUUCAUCAAGGUGCUUCCUCUCUUCAUCAAGGUGCUUCCUCACUCCAUCAAGAUGCUUCCUCACUCCAUCAUGCAUCCAUCAUGCAGCUUCCUCUCUUCUUCAAAGUACUUCCUCUCUUCAUCAAAGUACUUCCUCUCUUGCUCAAGAUGCAGCUUCCUCUCUUCAACAAGGUGCUUCCUCUCUUCAUCAUACAGCUUCCUCUCUUCAACAAAGUGCUUCCUCUCUUCAUCAAGGUGCUUCCUCUCUUCAUCAAGAUGCUUCCUCUCUUCUUCAAAGUACUUCCUCUCUUCAACAAAGUACUUCCUCUCUUCAUCAAGGUGCUUCCUCUCUUCAUCAAGGUGCUUCCUCUCUUCAUCAAGAUGCUUCCUCACUCCAUCAUGCAUCCAUCAUGCAGCUUCCUCUCUUCAUCAAGUUGCUUCCUCUCUUCAACAAAAUACUUCCUCUCUUGAUCAAGGUGCUUCCUCUCUUCUUCCAAAGUACUUCCUCUCUUCAUCAAGGUGCUUCCUCUCUUCUUCAAAGUACUUCCUCUCUUCAUCAAGGUGCUUCCUCUCUUGAUCAAGGUGCUUCCUCUUUCUUCAAAGUACUUUUCUUCAUCAAGGUGCUUCCUCUCUUCUUCAAAGUACUUCCUCUCUUCAUCAAGGUGCUUCCUCUCUUGAUCAAGAUGCUUCCUCUCUUCAACAAAGUGCUUCCUCUCUUCUUCAAAGUGCUUCCUCUCUUCUUCAAAGUACUUCCUCUCUUCAACAAAGUGCUUCCUCUCUUCAUCAAGAUGCUUCCUCUCUUCAUCAAGGUGCUUCCUCUCUUCUUCAAAGUACUUCCUCUCUUCAUCAAGAUGCUUCCUCUCUUGAUCAAGAUGCUUCCUCUCUUCAUCAAGGUGCUUCCUCUCUUCGUCAAAGUACUUCCUCUCUUGCUCAAGAUGCAGCUUCCUCUCUUCAUCAUGCAGCUUCCUCUCUUCAACAAAGUACUUCCUCUCUUGCUCAAGAUGCAGCUUCCUCUCUUCAACAAAGUACUUCCUCUCUUCAUCAAGAUGCUUCCUCUCUUCAACAAAGUACUUCCUCUCUUCAUCAAAGUGCUUCCUCUCUUCUUCAAAGUACUUCCUCUCUUCAUCAAGAUGCUUCCUCUCUUCAACAAAGUACUUCCUCUCUUCAUUAA